GUUUUUACAGAAGUUCUGAGGUUCCUGAAGGACGAUGCUCUGAAAACCAUCAGAUCUCAUCCAGAAGGAGGAGAGUUCACAGCAUCUGACUUCACCUGGGUGCUGACUGUUCCUGACACCUGGAAGGAUUUCCCUAAGCAGUUCAUUAUUGAAGCUGCAGUUCAGGCUGGUCUUGUAACAGACGCCACUAAAGACAAACUGAUGUUUGUUCUGGAGUCAGAAGCAGCUUUGACCUGGUGUUUGAAGCUUCAACCUGAUGGUUUCAUCACACAGAACCACAGCAGAGACUCACAGGAUCAACCUGCAGGAGCAGCAGAACCUGGUACCAGCUGGAACGAUCCAGCAGGAGGUCAGGAGGUCGUACAGUUUACUGUGGAACCAGAAGAAACCAAAGUCCUGCUGGAGACCCAAAGAGACGGGAAACGGUACCUUGUUGUCGACUGUGGAGAUAAAGAUAUCAAUUUCACUUUUCAUGACGUCCUGGAAGGACGACCUCUGAAGACGCUGCAUGUCGACUCUAAAAUUGAUCUGGGAGGAAAAACUGUGGAGAGAAAAUUCAAACAGCUCCUGAUAGAAAUCUUCUGUGAUGGUGUCUGGGAUGAAUAUGAGGAAAGCUUCCCCAAUGAGGUUCAGAAGAUGAUGUAUGAUUUUACUCGUCUCAAACUUUUGGAUGAAGAUGUUCAGAUCAGUUGCCCGGGUAACCUGGUCAUAGUGGCUCAGAAACAGAAACAGAUUGAAACGUUCUUUGAUUCAGUGGAAGGAGCUUCCUGGGAUGAUGGAUCUAUCAGGAUCUCCAGAGAGAAACUGAGAUCUUUUUAUGAAGAUAGUCUGCAGGGAAUCACAGAGAAACUCAGAGAAAUAUUAGACAAAAAUCUCAACAUUGGGUUUAUUGUGUUAGUGGGAGGAUUGGCUGAGAGCCAGAUUCUACGUCAGCACAUCACUGAUCAGUUUGGACGUCAGUAUAAAGUCCUGUGUCCUCUUAGACCCCAGGAAGCGAUUCUGAAAGGAGCCGUAGAGCUGGGGAGAAACCCAGAGAUGGUGGAGCCUCAGAGGAAACGUCCAGCUUGGUUCAGAUGUUGGUCAUGAG